AAUUAACAACAUACAGAGGCAAUUCUUCCAGCUGCAGUUGUUUGUAAGGUUUUUUUUUUAAUACCCGAUUAGAAGUUGACAGUAAAACAUAGAGCUGGUCAAAUCUGAGGUGAAAGACAGCCGAUGAGUUUUGCAGGGAGCAGAAAAAAUCGCAUCUGUUGUGAAGGGAAACUGCUCACAGAGAGAUAGCAUUAAAACAGUCGGAAAGCAUCACAGUGGGUCACCUGGUCCACCCUCCCUGUCCUAGAGCACAUUGCACAGAACUGCACCCAGACAGCUUCCAAUAUCUCUAGAUGAAGAGAUUCCACAACCUCUCUGGGCAAUCUGUUCUAGUAUGGGGUCACCUGCACAAAGUUCUGCCUCCUAUUUAUAUGGAGGUUCCUAUGCAUCAGUUUCUUCCCAUUCAGUGGUGACCUAGUGGUUGGCACCCCAGAGCAGAGCCUGACACCUCCUCUUUAGGCAUUUAUACAUAUUAAUGACGCCCCCUAUCAAUCAUCUCUUCUCAAGGCUGAACAGCUCAGCUGUCUCAGCUUUUCCUUGUAAGAGAGAUGCCCGAUCCCUUAAUCAUCUUCAUCCCUGUGCUGGACCCGCUCCAGGAUCUCCUUGUCUCUGUCACUGGGGAGCCCAGACCUGGACACAGCACUCCAAGCAGAGCCUCAGCGGGGCUGAGCAGAGGGGCAGGAUCACUUCCCUGCCCCUGCUGGCAAUGCUCUUCCUAAGGCACCCCGGGAUACCAUUGGCCUUCUCGGCCACAAGCGCACUGCUGCAAGACCUUGCUGUCCUUCAGCCCCCCAGGUCCUUCUCCACAGAGCUACUCUCCGGCAGAUCACCCCAGCUCCUCACGGUGUAAUUGUUAUAACUGACCCGUCCACUGGAGCUUUUAAGAACUAAACUACUGCCAAAUAACUUGUAUAAAUUGCAAGCUUAGUAAAAGAUUUGGAUGGAGUCUCAGUAUCUGAAGCAAUGCCUGGGAGAUUGCUUGAAGAAAGGACUGGCAGAGGUUGUAGAGCAUCGGCCAGCAGAUCCAAUAGAGUAUCUUGCACACUGGAUUUACAAAUACAGAAGAAACUUAGAUGAAGAAGAAAAGAGAAUACUGGAGAGAGCUGAGCUGGAAGAAGAACGGGUGGCAGCCCAAGCAGAACUUGAAAGGUUAAAAAUCGAGGAAGAGCAGCGGAAACUGGAAGAGCAACGGCAGGCUGAGUUGGAGAAAGAACUUGCAGAGUUGGAAGCACAGAAAAAGGAAGCUGAAAGGCAGUUGCAGCAGGCAAUAGCUGAAGUUACAGAUGAACCUGAGGAGCCAGAUGAGAGUGAACCUGGUCAAACAGACCUCCCAACAGUAAUAGAAGAAGAAGAAGAGGAAGAAGAAGAAGAAGAAAAUUAGAACUGACCUGAGAGCAGUAAAUCUAUUUUCUACUCAUUACUUGCUAUCCUGAAGUGUAGUAUCUUGAUUUAUGUAUUUUAUAAAUAUAACUGAUUUAUGUAACUGUUUCUCUGGUGUGUGUUUUCAAGGUCUUUGUAUAAAGUCUGUUAUUUCUGAUACCUAUUCUUCCUUUUUGUUCUUAAAGCAUUGUAACUAGCGUGGCUGAUUUAUAGGAAGAAAAUUGCAGCUGAAGUGAAAGAAACAAAUAUAUUUUCUAAUUGUUGCAUAUUGAAGUAACCAUAAUAAAUAACAAUAUAACUAAAGUGUCAAUAUGAUUUGAGGAUAGAUGCUACAAUAUGAUAAUUUGAAUCAAUGUUAUAAAAGACUAAAAUAUUACUGAAAAUUA